CUCAACUGCUCUUCGACAUGAGGCCCAUCGACACCUUCCUCUGCGAAACCUAAUCAAUGAUCUUCUUCGUAUUCUUCGUCUCUUCUCGAUCAGCGCAACGAUUGUUGAGAUUCCGUAACGGUGAUUGUGUCUUAAAUAGUCUUUAAUCCCCAUCCCACUACGAAUCAACCUCUUACGUCGUUCGUCUGCCAGAUCAUGUAUAAAUACGCUUUUCUAAUCUCACAUUGGUAAAAUCUGUGGUCGUUCGUUCGACUGCAAAGACGAAUUCGAUGUGGAUGAUUGUGAGGAGGAUGAUGUCUUCGCCGAUGUUAACCCCUUUGUUUUCACCGCAGGUCCAGUUUCUGGCAAGAAAACCAUAUAGUCUGGUGGACAAGCUGAGAAGUCCGCUAAGAGAAAGAGGAAGAAUCAGUACAGGGGGGGGGGGGAUUAGGCAGCGUCCUUGGGGAAAACGGACCGCUGCAAUCCGUGAUCCGAGAAAAGGCUCCCGAGAAUGGCUUGGAACAUUCGACACCGCCGAGGAAGCAGCAAGAGCUUACAAUGCAGCUGAACGCAAGAUCUGUGGCAAUAAAGCUAAAGUGAUCUCCCAGAAACGCUCUGCUGGUAAGACCAGUAAUCUGAAGAAGCCGGUGGCUAAACAAAACCAAAGUCCAGCUUUGAUUCAGCAGCCAACACAUGUGAGUCAGUACUGCAACAACUCUUUUAGUGAUGUGAGUUUCAUGGAACCGAAACCUCAGAUGUACAAUAAUCAGUUCUUUGAUGUUGGAGGUAACAGUGGAUACCAGUAUUUCAGUUCUGACCAGGGCAGUAACUCAUUGUACUGCUAUGAACACAAAACAAGCAAUGUUUAUUAUAUGUAUAUUUUAGCUUCAAAAUUAUUUUUAUAAUUCACAUAACGGGCGGGCCGACCUAGUUAAAUAUAAAAUUGUGAGUACUCGCUUCAU